AUGAUGGGAAUGAAUAAUGGAAUGAUGCCAGGUGGUAUGCUAGGCGAAGUACAUCACUUUGGACCUGGUGGUCUUCAGUUAACCAACGAACAGAAACGUAUUCUGUUCCUUUUCGAGUACAAGCUGGGAACGGCGGCUGAGGUCGCCACCCAGAACAUCAAUCAAGCAUUUGGUGCGGGUGUCGUCCCACUAUCACAAGUCCAAGCGGCUUACCGCCAAUUCAGCAACUGGAAUGGAGUCUUGGGUUAA